AUGUUUAUAGAAUCAAUUGAUCACUCUACUCCAAGAACGAUUCAAGAAAAUGAAAUUUCAGAGCCAGAAUACGAUUAAAAAGUCAACUAUAAACUCGAAGUUAGGAAAGCACAUCUUCUCCAGUAGUUCCUGAGAUUUUAAGUUGAAAAUACUCAAAGGAGCAUUGCAAAACUAGAAAAAAAGCUUUCUAAUGAUGAGGUAAUUGUAGAACUCAUAUGUUUUUAUUUAACUAUUUGCUCGUUAUUAUAUAUAUUUGUUUUAAUUUAAUUUUAUUAGGUAAAAAAUAAACGAAUCUCAAGAAAAAAUUCAAUUACCAAACCUUUCAAAUGUUCAAAUUGCACCCAUACUUAUUCUUCAAAGGCAGCUCUAAAGUAGCACCUUAAACUGAAGCAUUAUGAAGAACAUACUCCUCUAACUCAACCUUUAGAUUAAUAAAAAGUAUUAGUUGAACCAUUGUCCUAAAUAUGA